UGAGUGAUGUGAGACUUCCCCAAAACAAAACAAAGAUAAUCCUCAAAUAAAAAUGAAUGGGUUUGUAAGGUUUCUAGUGGAGCUCCUCCAUUGAUUGCGGAGAAUAAAAACAUGACGACACUGUACAGUGAGGGAAUGAACAUUACAAAUUUACGGUUUUGCCACUGUUCCAAACUCCUCACUUCAAACCCAAAUAUCCCAUUCCUCAUUCCUUCAACGCACAUAAAAAAGUUAACUCCAAAACCUUAUUCAAUUUCCUUCAAAAGUAAUCACUUUUCUCCAAUUCGAGCUUCUAUGGCUUCAUCCACUGUUACAGAAAAACCAUUCUCCGUUCUCUUCGUGUGUCUUGGCAACAUCUGUAGAAGCCCAGCGGCUGAAGGGGUUUUCACAGACUUGGUUCAAAAAAGGGGUAUUCAUUCUAACUUCAGAAUCGACUCUGCUGGUACAAUCAAUUAUCAUGAAGGUAAUGAAGCUGACCCUAGAAUGAGGGCUGCCUCAAAAAGACGUGGGAUUCAGAUAACUUCACUUUCAAGGCCAAUUAGGUCUUCUGAUUUUGUUGAGUUUGAUCUUAUUCUUGCCAUGGACAAGCAGAAUAAAGAGGACAUAUUGGAGGCUUUCAAUAGAUGGAGAUUUAGAGAGACUUUACCUGAAGAUGCACAUAAAAAGGUUAAGUUGAUGUGCUCAUAUUGUACGAAGCACAAUGAAACUGAAGUCCCGGAUCCUUACUAUGGCGGACCUCAAGGUUUUGAGAAGGUGUUAGAUCUGCUUGAAGAUGCUUGUGAAUCAUUGCUGGCAAACAUUUUGGCAGAAAACAAAGAUAUACAAGAAUCCUAACAUCUUUUAAACAGCCAGAAGUUCCAAAUCCUCCGAUUAAACCGUGAAUGCUGGCGGUUUUCCUGGAUGGGACAUGUAAGAGUACAUUGUUUGUGUCAUUGACUUCACUGUCAAGGCCUUUCAAUUGGCAGAUAUUCGUAUCUGUAACAUACAUUACUGCAGUGUAUCCAAGUUUAGUUCUAUCUUUAAGUAGAUGACUAAAGACUAUUUUUUUGGAUAAUCAAAUGUUACUACAUAAAUGGUUACGGUAGUUGUCAAUAUUUGAUUCUUAUACCUCUUAAAAA